GAUCACCAACGACGAGACUGUCGACAUAAUAAAAAAUUCCGAGGACAUCAAGUUUAAGUUUAUCAAGUUGUGCUCUCUUGCUAAAAUUGAUUCCACGUAUCCCGAAGCUGACAAGCUCGAGUUUUAACGUAACUUUAGACUAGUUCUCGCCAUGAAAACCUUCGCAGAAGAUUUGGAAGACAAUUUAUCGUUUAUUGAAAAAUAUGAGAGAAUAAUUAACAGCCAUUUGGUGGAUUUCAUAGCAGAAAAUUUAUGGGAGACGUUGCCCAAAGACUUGAGAACUGAAUUAGAACAAUUUGAGAAUGAACCUAAUUUUUCUCACCUGACAAACUACUGUCCUACGUUGCGAUCAAUAAUAGAUGAAACGUUCUCAUUAAAUUUGCGCAAUAAUCCGAAGGUUUUGAAGCUAGAAGAUUUGCCAUCAACUUUAUUAAAGCAUGCUUCGAAUUGGGAAAACAAUUGUCUCCAGGCAUCUCAGAAUGACUUCAUGAAGGAUAAAAAACGAUAUGAGAUUUCGGUUCUGUCAAAAGUUGUUGGAUCUCUUGCAGCGGAUAAAAGAACUAUAGUUAUUGAUGCGGGUGGAGGCAAAGGAUAUCUGGGGACUUAUUUAGCCGAAAAGUAUUCAGUUCCAGUUCUAUCCAUCGAUUCGAAUCCAGGGCGAAAUAGUAGUGCAAUUAAUCGACAGAAAUUGAUGGAAAAAAAGAAAAAUCAAUCAUUUUCUCUCACACGACAUUCCGUACAAUUUAUUGAUGAGAAUACAGAUUUUUCGAAAUUAGUGGAAUGCCAUUUCCCAAAUUGGAGUGCUGAUGAUUAUCUUCUUACGGGUCUUCACACAUGUGGACCCCUGGCCCAUGCUAUGAUCAAAAGUUUUAUCAAUUCCGAUGCUCUGAAGAGCCUCUGCGUCGUUUCCUGCUGUUACCACUUGACAGAUGAAUUUUUAACAACUAGAAUUAAUUUUACGAAAACCAUGAGGAUGUUGGCUCAACAGUCUGUAGAGAGGAUUUCAGCUAAAAAUUGCGAAUAUCCAGUUUCGAUUUUCUACAGAGCACUUUUACAAGUUUUGCUGCGAAGUCUUGGAAUUCCCGAUGAGACAGUGGGAAGAGCAGCUCCAACAGAGGACUUUCCAAGCUACGCCAAAUGGGCGUUGGAAAAAAUCGGAUUGCCUUCGCAUAAAAGCCCAUCGGAUAAUGACUUGACGAAUCUCCAAAAAAAAUAUUCGGAGUACCAGUGGAAACUGAACAUUUUCCAAACCCUCAGAGCACACAUGGGCGCCGUGAUCGAGUCCUCGAUCAUCCUCGAUCGCUUUGUUUACCUUGAGAAAUCGAAAAAAUGCUCCAAAUUGUCGAUAGUCCGGUUGUUCGAUCCGUUGUUGUCGCCCCGGUGUUACGCAAUAAUUGCAUUGAAGUAGAGACAAAUCACGUGGAGCAAGUAAAUGAAAAUAUUACAGAAGUUUAAUAAAAAUAAAUAAAAAGUAAAUAAAAA